CUCCUAUACGAUCCAGUAAAGUGAUGCUCGGCGCCUCCUCCUCGUUUCUCUGCGCGUUUCUCAGCAGUCAGUCGGACUCUCCGUCUCUCCAUCGGAUAUUUCCUCCUGUUUCUCAGACGCUGUUCUGCGACCCGAACCGCCGGAUUUGUCCCUCUUGAGCAUGAGAGGAACCGCUGACCCGAUCGCACACCAUGAGCUUCGGACCCGGAGCCUCAGCCGAACUUUAAAGCAGCGCGGAGCGUCAGAUUCCCGAUUCACGGGAGCAGCAGUUUCAGGUCUCCACAGAAUGGAGCGAGAAUGAGCAGAGAGCGGUCGAGAGAGAAGCAUGAACUGGAGGCUCAUUGAAGUCACUUACCUCCUGUUUAUAUGGGACCAUAUAACAGUCCAGUCUUCCCGUCAAGAGCCCUCGGCCAACGAACAGCAUGUUACCAAGCAGUUUGACUGGCUCAUCUCUGACCGUGGCCCUUUCCACCACUCGAAGGGGUACCUCUCCUUCAUGGAAAGAUUUCGCCAAGGAUUCACGACCCGGUACAAGAUUUAUAGGGAAUUUGCACGCUGGAAGGUGAGGAACACAGCCAUCGAGAGGCGGGAUCUGAUCCGCAAUCCUCUGCCCUUGAUGCCGGAUUUCCAGCGCAGCAUGCGGAUGCUCGGGCGACGACCGUCCACGCAACAGUUCAUCGACACCAUCAUCAAGAAGUAUGGAACGCACAUCUUGAUCUCGGCCACACUGGGAGGUGAGGAAGCUCUCACCAUGUACAUGGCCAAGAACAAGCUGGACCGGAAGAUGGUCAACGCCACCCAAGGAGUCGAGGCACUCCACCAGCUCGCCUCCUCGUACUUCAUCGACCGCGACGGCACCAUGCGCAAACUCCACGAGAUCCAGAUCUCCAGCAACUCCAUCAAGGUGACGGAGACUCGGACGGGUCCACUCGGCUGCAGCACGUAUGAUAACCUGGACUCGGUCAGUUCGGUUCUUCUUCAGAGUCCCGAGAGCAAACUUCAUCUGCAAGGUUUGCAGGUCAUUUUCCCCGAAUACCUGCAGGAGAAGUUCGUCCAGUCGGCUCUCAGCUACAUCAUGUGUAACGGGGAGGGGGAAUACGUCUGCCAGAACAGCCAGUGCAUCUGCCAGUGUGCCGACGAGUUCCCACAAUGCAACUGUCCCACGACGGACCUCCAGAUCAUGGAGAACACGCUCAUCGGCAUGUCGGAGACUUGGGAAGCGUCUUACAGCGACUUCGAGAACUCAGAUGAGUUCAAGUCUUUUCUGAAGCGGUUGCCGGCGACCCAUUUCCUGCCGGUGAGCAGUGUGCACCUGCUGUGGGGCAGCGACUGGGACCUCCAGAACCGCUACCGGCUCCUGCAGAGCUCUCUCGAGGCCCAGAGAGUGAAGAUCCAGCGCACGGCCCGUAAACUCUUCGGUCUGAGCAUCCGCUGCCACCACAACCCCAACCACCAGAUGCCCAGAGAGAGGUCAGUGCUUCAGUGGCUGAACCGUGUGCAGUCGUUCCUCUACUGCAACGAGAACGGCUUCUGGGGAGCGUUCCUGGAGAGCCAGCGCAUGUGUGUGUGCCACACGGGCGCCACCCUGUGCCAGCGUCCCAUUCCCUGCGUGAUCGGCGGGAACAACAGCUGCGCCAUGUGCAGCCUAGCCAACAUCUCCCAGUGCGGAUCCUGCAACAAGGGCUACAAGCUUUACCGCGGCCGCUGCGAACCGCAGAACGUGGACUCGGAGCGGAGCGAGCAGUUCAUCAGCUUCGAAACGGACCUGGACUUCCAGGACCUGGAGCUCAAGUACCUGCUGCAGAAGAUGGACUCGCGUCUCCACAUCCACACCACGUUCAUCAGCAAUGAGGUGCGUCUGGAGACCUUCUUCGACCCGCGCUGGCGCAAGAGAAUGUCGCUGACGCUCAAGAGCAACAAGAACCGAAUGGACUACCUGCACAUGAUCGUGGGCCUGUCGAUGAAGAUCUGCCAGAUGCGAAACAGCAGCGUGGACCCCAUGUUCUUCGUGUACGUCAACCCGUUCAGCGGGAGCCACUCGGAGGGAUGGAGCAUGCCGUUCGGGGAGCACGGAUACCCGCGCUGGGAGAAAGUGCGGAUCCAGAACUCCCAGUGCUUCAACUGGACCCUCCUGCUGGGCAACCGGUGGAAGACGUUCUUCGAGACCGUGCACAUCUAUCUCCGAAGCCGAGCCAAGGUGCCGACGGUCAUGCGCAACGACACCGGUCAAGGCCCGGUGGACUUAUCCGACCCCAACAAGCGCCAGAUAUACAUCAAGAUCUCGGACAUACAGGUGUUCGGAUACAGCUUGAGGUUCAACGCGGAUCUGUUGAGGAGCGCCGUCCAACAGGUCAACCAGUCGUACACGCAGGGAACCCAGUUCUACUCGUCCUCGUCCAUCAUGCUCCUGCUACUGGACAUCCGGGAGAGGAUUAAUCGGCUGGCCCCGCCGGUGGCUCCUGGGAAACCCCAACUGGACCUGUUCUCCUGUAUGCUCAAACAUCGACUCAAGCUCAACAACAGCGAGAUGAUUCGCGUCAAUCACGCCUUGGACAUGUACAACACCGAAAUCUUGAAACAAUCGGACCACCUGACUACCAAACUUUGCUGAGAAACAAGAACCGCAACAACUGGGAGGAACAAAAACAACAGGAACAAGAACACAAUGUUGUAUUUCUCGGUUCGGAAUUUGGAAUCUUUUGCUUUGCUUUUUCUUUUCUUUUUUUGAUGUAUUAUUAACAACUUUGUAAGUGUAAUUGUUACAUGAAAAACUAAAAAUACAGAGAAAUCAUUUUAGCUCACUACUAAAGGAAAACGACAACAACAACAACAACAACAAAAAAAUGACUGUAUCAUAUUUGUCGAAGCAUGUCUGUCAUUUUUUUCCUACUUACGAGAAAAGAUCACAAACUAUUAAAUUCAACAUCCAGUGACACAGAGGCCUUGAUUUUACUUUGAGGGAACAAAGGUACAUCUUAAACUGCCAUUCUUAACGCGUUUUUUAGAGAAUUAGCGUAAGGGCAGAACCAAAACACAGGAAUUAAUUUCAGACGCCACCACGUUUUCUAAGGAUUCAUCGGCUGUACCGUGUCUCGUCCUUUCAUAGAGAGUGAGUUCAGUUCGGGCGUCCAUCGUUUCAUCGUCUCUCACCGUGAGAACUGAAUCCUGUCGUGUGUUUUCACAUCCGAGAUUCAAGUAUCUACGGUUGAACAUAAUCGAUUCAUGCUAUUUCGUACUGCUUCGCAUAAUGUACACGUUGUGAUUGCUGAUGUGUCGAGCUUUUUUGCAGCACCGUGAACAAAAUUUUCUUUGAGGGUCAGCAUAAAGCCAUACAUUUCUCAGAGGGACGAAAAAAAAAAAAAAAAAA